CAUUUGCCUGUUUAAAACAAAACAAAACAAAACAAAAAACGUCAAUUUCUUUCAAAAUACCUAAGCAUGUCUUCUUUUAAAAUUUAAAGUGGUUGGUUCCAUGUUAAAUGAGGGAUACUGUCUACCAAGUACCAUGGGAGAUUUUCUCAGAAUCCUUUUCAGUCCGGAUUUAAAUAAGGCAUUUCGGGGGCCUCCAAUGACAAUGAGUUGUCGACGCCGGACGAGAAGCACCCAUAGCGCCUGACAUGAAAACCGGAGAAAGUGGAAUGAAGAAUGAUUCAAGCGUUUAAUUUUUGUUUACAAUUUUAACAAAAAAGAAAAAGCACACAAAAGAACCAUGUUUAUUACAUCACAAAACCCCCCGCCGGUGUUUGAUUACAUGACACUUGUUAUGCCAGCGGUGGCGGUGGGCAACGUGGGCCAACUGGCGGUGGACCUCCUCAUAUCCACGCUCAGCCUGCCCAGGGUGGGCUACCUGCACACGGACUGCGUCAUCCCCAUGGCGGGCAACAACCCGUACGCCCACGGCCAGGACGACGCGGGGGAACUGCAUACGGCCUCGGAAGUAUAUGCCGCAUUUGAGCUCAACCUAGCGGUUCUUCAGAUCAGGGCACCAGUUGUCAAGAGCAAAUCCAAACGGUUUCGUCAGCUGCUGCUGUCGUGGAUCAAGGCCAGCGGCUUCUGCCGGACACUGGUCCUGUCCAGCAGCCACGCCUACCGGAGGGACGACCGGCAGCUGCGAGGCACCCCGUUCAGAUACCUGGUCACGCCGAGCCUGCUGAGAAUUAGCGGCGAUGCCUUCGAGGAGCUGGGCUGGAGGGAGCUGGAGAGGCGUUUAGACGCCGGCGCAGACGAGACCAAACUCGCCAUCCCCGGCGGCGGCAUCACCAAAGGCCUCUACACGGACAGUUGCAGAGAGGACGUGCCUCUGGCGGUGCUGCUGCUCUUCUGCUCCGAGGGAGACAACGUGCCCGACGCCCUGUCGCUCGUCAGUCACCUGGACGACAUGCUCCACCUGCUGAACCACGCGAUGUGGGAGGUCAAAUGGAAGAUCCCGCCUUCCUGGAAUCUGCUGUUUGGAAGCGGCAUCCCUCCAGCCAUCUUCUGAAUCACUUUUUGUAGAUUUCAUUGAAAGGGUUUAUCACAGAGAACCAGAGUGAAUGUUUCUCUCGCUUGACCUCAUUCACUCGCCGACUAACCGAAAGGGCUUGGCCCGGCGCCACGCAGUGUUUCCUGGCAGUCCCGCCCCCGCCGUGUCUGUAACUCGACUCUGAAACAAAAAAAACAAAAAAAAAAACCCCGCUUGGCGGCCCCCCCUCAAGUUUUCACUUUGAGGGGGAGCACGUUUCAAAACAUCUCCGCGACAUUUCUGAAACAACCGCUUGAAGGAUCGGCUCACGUUUGAAAGCAAUGGCCAAAUGUGCGGUUUUGCACAGAGGGCCACCCGUUCUGUCAAUUAGAGAGCAUUUUUAGCAGAAGAUAAUGAAGGAAAAAAUUGUCCUUUUUCUCCCAACCCCCCAUCAAACUGGAUGGGUUCAAACGUAACAAUCUCUUUAUAUAUCGACACAUAUGGAGAGAGA